CUUUUAUCGAUCAUCAGUAUGAGUGGUUGGCCAGCCCCCUGGUUCGACGACGCAUCCUUUGCGGAUACACUGGCCAAAUGUGCGGCGCCCUGUCAAGAAAUUGGCGCCUAUGCGAUGGCGCACCCUGAGGAGAAGGUCUCUGCAGCCUACGUAGCGGCUUUCGCCGUCUGGGCAACCGGAGCAUGAAGGCUGCUUUUGCUCUGGGUGCUGAGGCGGAGUUCGAGCAGAACCAAGCACAGGAAGUACAGGAAGCCCAAGCCUCGGAUCAUCCAACAGAACAUGCGACAGCCGAACGCACACCUGAUGAUGAGGCGGAUACCGAGUUUGACGCGAGCGAAGAGGAGAAGGAGGAGGAGGAGGAAGAGGAGGAGGAAGAGGAACCCGGUUCUCCAUUCAUCAAGACAGAAGCACAAGAAGGUCUGACAGCAUUCCGACCAGCGAUUGUGGACGAAGAUCCUCGAGCCUCCUCGUCGACCACCUCGUCGGAAUAUCAAAGCACAGAGCGAUGGGAUGACCAAGCACCUACAACACCCCCUCGAUACCACAAUCCGGUGAAUUUCACAGCGGAAGAUUUGAGGCUUCGAUUGUCGUCGAACUUCGGCUUGUACGUGGGGCUGGAUGCCAACACCAUCUCGGGGAAAGUCGAAGUCGCUCUCUAUCAAUCGUUGGAACCGCACCUGGCGUCGAUCCGUCUACGGCGGACGAAGCGCAUCAAUCCGAAAAUGAUCGACAUAUAUGUCAACAGUGCCCGUGAAAGGGAGCAUUUGAUACAAUGUGCUGAAAAGUGGGUACCAUGUGUCAAGGAACAUCAGUAUGUCCACCCACAACCUCCCCCUCCCCCACCUUUUCCCCCACCAACGCCCACAAAAAGACAAAUUCUUGGAGACUCCAGCCCUCUGAAUCGAGCAUUCAAGCUCUGAUCCCUUCUCGAUCUUCCGUAAGCCGAGGGUGAUGGAUUGAGGACGGGGUUCUGGUAUCUCAAUUGAUGGAUUCUGCACAAGAUACUUCUCCCCAGCACAUGCCCCACAUCUCGGGGCCUCACUGCUUUCGGUUCCUUUGCCUCUUGGCCUCCCCGAAUGUUUCACCACAAGUAGACACGAUUGACAAUUUCGUAGGCCAAGAUUUGAUGCAAGAAUCUAUCUAUGUGAGCUUCCGCCUUUUGUG